AGACCAAUAAAUCCAACCUCUUCUCAAGAUCCACUCGCCAGUUUCUACUAUUCAGAUGGAGAAAUUUCUAACGAGCUUUGCAGUUCAUGUUUAUAAUCAAUGGAGUACAUAUCCGUAUCAGGGCUUGGAGCAAGGCGCGAGUCGAAUGAGCUACAUACUUCAAGUCUAAGAUUAUGGCACUCAGCUUCUCUUGCAUGAAAGUUCUAGAGGAGGAUGAGGUCGAGAUGCAAUGCUCAGCGUCCAUUGUGGAUUCAGACCACAGAUUUUACGGAGUACAGGCAGGCCGUCGACCUUUUGUUGUAGACUUGAUCACAUGUAGCCGAUGCAUUUUUCUCCUCAAGAGCUGCUCUUCUGAACUGAGAAAUCUGAUGUUGAGGCCUCGCCAGUCUCCGGGGAAGGGACGUAAGAGCACUACCAGCAGCUGUGUUUUUUAACAGAUACGAGUGAAACUGUUCAACUGAGGUGGACGAAAGAAGUGCAAUUUGUGUUUCAAUCAAGCCCAAGAGACUCUCUCACAGCUUACAGAAAUAUCGAUUAUCAGUGUCGAAUAUGUCGUCACGCAAGUCGGUAGAGAUCAUCAGCGAUGGACAGCUUAACUGGAACACAGCUCAAUCUUUUCUCGGGAGUAAGUUUGACGCAGACCUGAUUGCUUCAGCGCAGGAGCAGGUUCGCUUCCUGGCGCUUGUGAAGAAGACCCCAGCUUUACGAAGGCCAGAAGUUUUGAAAUGCGCCAUACAUCGAUACUGGAACAACUAUCUUCCAUUAGCAGCAAAGUUCCAGUCCAAAGGAUUUCCUGAUGCUGUUGUAGCCAAGACCGGUGCUCAUUUUGUACCACCUUUGGAUUGCGCAUGGAUCUGGCAUUGCCACAAGUUGAGCCCGAUGCGGUAUGCAAGUGACUGCAGAAGAUUGUUUGGAGAGAUCAUUGACAUCAGAACUAUCCCCAGUGAAGGAUCUGAGAUGAAUAACUCAGAACGAGAUUCGUGCACUUUGUGGCAAUUGGAAUACCCGGAUGAGCCAUACCAUCUAGUUCAGCUUUGGGAAGAUGGCACCAGCAUGGAGUUUCAAAAUUCUCUGAACCGCACACCGAAGGAGACUUCUCUCAUUGAGUCAUACAACCUAGAGGCUGCAGCUGCCAGACAGGCCCCUUUCUACUUUCAGGUUCAAAGGAGUUGGUUCACUGACGAUGGGUACUUGGAGGGGGCCCUACAAAGAUACAAAGGAUAUCUUUUCCUGAUUCAACAAUCUUUGAAAAAUCGCAUAACAAAGGAUCGACCUGUUUUCCUCGUUCCGACUUACGACAUCGAUCUGAUUUGGCAUAGUCACCAGCUCCACCCGAUUGCUUAUGCCAGACACACCAGUGCUCUAUUUGGGACGAUUCUGGACCACGACGACACCGACACGGAUCGAGGCGAGGGAGCAAAGCUGCACAGCAGCUUCCUUGAAACAUGCAACAAGUGGUGGGCUACUUUCGGGACCGUGUAUGAACGAGCUGGAGCGAUGUAUCGAGGGCCCGAGCCGCAGGUGGAGCCUAUCCCGCCUUCGCCCGAUAAUGAUCCCAAGGCCCUUGAAGAAGAACGGAGGUUGUUAGAGUUUACAUACAAGGGACGCUGGAACUCGUCCUCCUUCGACAGCCACAUGGAGUCUUGUGCUGAAGAUAGUCCUGACGCUUACUUGAGAUCGACCUUGGAGGUGCAUCUGGUGGUUCUGGGCGCCAGAAAUCUGCCUCAUCCGUCAACUAGGUUUAAGGAGACAUUCAGUGUUCGUGUGAAAACCAUAAUGCAUACCAAAGGUUCGUGGGCCGAAACAGCUGAUAUUGAAAGAAGCCAAUUCGGAAAUCAUGCGGAAUGGAACUCUGGUCUUGCUAUGGAAGCUGAAGAGGGAACACGUGGUCUGUAUUUAGAACUGUGCUACCACAGGUUGAGGAAAGAACGAUUUGCAGGACGAUGCUUUCCUUCGAAAUCAUGGCCAUACAUAUGCGAUCAUGGAGUUGAAUAUGGGAGCCCAAUGAAAAAAGAUGUAAUGAGCGAUACCCAGAUCUUGGGAAGCAUUUCCAUCUUUUGGAGUCAACUUCAAUUUUCCAAGCCAGUUAGAUCGAUGGUUCUUGACCUUCUUCCCGUGAAACUCGACGUAUCCAUUUCUGUAACACCAUCUCAGCCUGGACCGAAGUUGCUCCGCGCACUGCGUUCGCCUGUGACAGAUGAUAGCUGCAAACGCAUUGCAAUUCUUAUUGACUUAGACGCACCUCUUCAGUCAGGACGCUGGACGACCAAGAUCGUGGUGAAUUACACUGGAAAGCCCUUGUACGUGAUUCGAACCAGAUCAGCACAUCUUGCAAGUGGUGCGCCGGCCUCGUUUCAAUGCAACUGGGAGGACACAAUUGUGCAGAUACAUCAAGCAGAAUGUGUAUCGGACGGGGUUACAACUGCAGGUGCUGUCAUAGCCACAGCCAAACCACAUGUGAGUGAGUUCCACCAAGCGGAAAAGGAUCAGGUUCAGCAGUGGUCUCUCUUCAAUGACGGAGCCAUUCUGACGGUCCGUAAACCCCCAAACGACAGGCCAGGAAACCUCGACUGUAAAAUCCACGGCAGAUGUGGUCCACACCCGAUGAGGUUGCUCUCAGGCAGAAGAAUCGAAUACGCUACCGCUGACGAAACUUCCACUGGCAAGUUCCUAACGCUAGUUCGAUACACUCCGGACGCUCCCAAAGGGAAGGCCACUGCUAUUCUCAGCUUGGGCACAGCCUGCUUCGAGAUCAUGCCAGGUGAAAGUUCGGUGUUAGUGCUCUUGAUCUGCUCUGCGGUGAACAUGUCUAUGCACGACUUUGGCAUACCCAUACAUUCAGAACCGUGGAGUGUUAAUUAUUGCCUAGGAGACGCAACGAAGUACGGCUUAAGCCAAGCCCGCGGCCCAAUAGGCGCAAUCAGGGUGCUCAAGAACCAGCUCUCGGCAAAAUGGAGCACGAGAAUUCACGUUGGUCCAGAGCUGGACCAACCGUGGUGGCAACUCGGCGUGAACAUGUGGUCCCCAUUUCAGGCCCACUGCCAUCCUGCGGCAUGCGCCGGCGCCGCUUGUGGGGGGAACCAACGUAGGGCAAAGAUACGUGGCGGAGGUGCAGGUGGUGGUAGUUGCGGAGGAGGAUGUGGGGGCGGGGGUGGAGGAGGAUGUGGUGGCGGGGGCGGAUGUGGUGGUUCAGACUGAGAGAGGGCUUUGAACGCAGUCAACCCAGCUACCAGAGUUCCCCGGUAAGGACGCCGAGAAGGUCAUAAAGAAGGCCGUUCAGGCUGAACUCGCGAAGAACCUCAAUCAUGCAGCUGGUUUCCUUCGUAUGCAAUUCCAUGAUUGAUUCUCUGAGGGGUGCGAUGGUUCUGUACUGCUCGACGGCCUGGAACGGACAAAGCAUCUCAUGUUAACGAAAAGCUGACAGGUUUUGAAGUCAUCGACGCUGCCGUGGAAGCAGUCUGUCCUGGAGUUGUUUCAUGCGCGGACAUCCUCGCGAGAGCUAAGUCAACGUAUGCGCACUUCAUGCGUUAGAAAAAAAUGGCACUCACAGUUGAGUGCACCAGCUCUUUAAAUAAAAAUCUAACAUAAAGAUAAAGCCAUAACCGGAUUACAUACUGAAGCAAGUGCAGAUACUAGAUAAAUUGUAGUAUGUUUUGUUAUAG